AUGGCAAAUUUUACACACAUCUCAGAAUUUGUCCUGCUUGGAUUCAGAGGGGGCCCUGGUAUGCAAAUGGUGCUAUUUCUGAUUUUUUUGUUCUUGUAUGUUACAGCAGUGGUGGGGAACUUAGGCAUGAUUGUAAUUAUCAGGAUGGAUGCACACCUUCACACCCCAAUGUAUGCCUUCCUCCAAAGCCUUUCCUUUUUGGACAUCUGCUAUUCAUCCACAAUUGCACCCAGGGCUCUGAUGAACUGCUUAAAAGAGGACCACACAGUGUCCUUUGGUGGGUGUGCUGCACAGUUCUUUUUCUUAUCUCUUUUUGGUACCACAGAAGCAUUCCUCCUGGCUGCCAUGGCCUACGACCGAUUCAUUGCCAUCUGUAAUCCUCUUCUAUACUCGGUGAGCAUGUCUCACUGGAUCUGUGGAUUGUUAGUGUUAGGGUCCUACUCAUGGGGUGCAGUGAAUGCUGUCACUCAAACCACAAUGACCUUCACUUUGUCCUUCUGUGGGUCCAAUAAGAUCAACGACUUUUUCUGUGAUGUCCCCCCACUCUUGUCCCUCUCGUGUUCCGAUACUUUUAUAAACCAGGUCGUUCUUCUUGGCUUAUGUGGUUCCAUUAUUGUCAGUACCUUCUUGACUGUUUUGGUCUCAUACAUCUAUAUCAUCUCAACAAUCCUGAAGAUCCGCACAGCGCAAGGGCGCCAGAAAGCCUUUUCCACAUGUGCCUCCCACCUGACUGGCGUGUGCUUGUUUUUUGGCACAGUUUUCUUCAUGUAUGCACAGCCCAGUGCUGUCUCCUCCAUGGAGCAAAGCAAAGUUGUGUCUAUCUUCUACACUGUUGUCAUCCCCAUGUUGAACCCCUUCAUCUAUAGCUUGAGGAAUGAAGAUGUCAAGCAAGCCCUGAAGAGGAGCAAGCAGAGGUUCUCUUCCUGA